UGAGUGUUCGUGUUGUUUACAUAGAGGUGGCGGGAAGAGGGCUACAGCUGGGCUCCAGGCCCGUCUCUCAGUUGGUGGUGUCGUCGGGAGUCACCUCUAUCCUUACUUAAGUGGCUCGAGGGAGGCUAAGGAAUAAAGCCAAAGAUGUCUCUACAUGGGUCCCAGAGAGAUGAUGAUGAUGACGACGAUAGUACUGAGGUGGAUGACGGGAAGAGACGAAGUUACAAACGGCACAAACCAUGUCGUGAGAACAGCAGCAGCAACACGAGUACAUCCUUUGAUCUACAGCUAUCACAUGAGGAGAGUGCUUCGGCUGGGGUCCUGGAAUGGGUUACAGUCAAGAACUUCAUGUGUCAUGACCACUUGAAUUUCACCUUUUCCUCGAACAUCAACUUUGUACAAGGAAGAAAUGGGAGUGGCAAGAGCGCAAUUUUAACAGCAGUGGUAGUUGGCCUUGGAGGUAGUAGUCGUUUAACAAAUAGAGGAAAUAAUCUUAAAGAACUUGUGAAGUAUGGAAAACAAAUAGCCACAAUCGAGAUUGGAAUAAAAAACUCUGGGAGAGAUGCCUUCAAGCACGAAUUGUUUGGUGACUCGAUUGUUGUUGAACGCAAGAUACACAGUAAUGGUGGAGGAGGAUACAAGAUAAAGGCUAAAAAUGGUACUAUUGUCUCGGUGAAGAAGGAUGAAAUGCAAAGAAUGUUAGACCACUUCAACCUGCAAGUUGAUAACCCUAUCACUGUUCUCAAUCAAGAUAUGUCUCGAGCGUUCCUGAAAUCUACGGACCCACAAGCACUGUACCAAUUUUUCCUGAAGGCUACACAGUUGCAGCAAAUGAAAGAAGAUUACAAUCAACUGGACAAAGCUCUCAACAUAUCUCUUACUCUUAUUCGGGAGCGGAAGGAGAUUCUACCAUUGCUUAAGAAGGAGGUAGAUGAACAUCGUGCCCAGUAUGAAUUUUCUUCUAUCUUUGCUAGUAAAAUGAAAAAGAAGGUGCAGGAUUUGCGGAAAGAAUUAGUGUGGGCAUUGGUUAUACGAGCAGAAAAGGAGGAACAAAAUGCUCGUGAAGAACUUGAACAACAUGAAAGCAAAGUAGCUGCAGUUCAAGAGAAGAUUAAUAACUUUCGUGCAAAGUAUGAGGAGGAAAAACGACUACACAGUGAGAUCCAAGAAGAACUAAACAAUAUGACCAACAAGGUGAUGGACAUUUCACAACAAGUAAAAGCGUCCAAUGAGUCAAUGAUAAGAGCAAAAAAGCUGCACAAGGACAAACAAAUGCAUUGCCUCACUGCUGAACGAAAAGUUGCAAAUAUUCAGACAGAAGUAACUCAUUUGAAAGAAGCAGUUGCAAAAGAUAAUGAUGAGGCACAAUCUAAAUGGCUGAGGCAGCAUACAGUGUGGCAGGAAAAGGUGAAUGAGAAAAAGAGUGAAAUAGAAGUGCUGGAACAGAUCAGGAGAACUGAGGAAUCUCAUCUUCAGAACAUUCAGAACACUGUUGAUAUGAAAAAAAUUGCUUUGGACAACAUGUUUCAGGAAGAAAAAGCUUUGAGAAGCGAAUAUCAGUCACUGGAACAAGAACUGAGAAGCUUGAAAAGCAACAAUUCCACUGUAUUUGGCCAUUGGGUACCACAGCUUCUUCAGGAAAUUGACAUUGCCUAUGAACGAGGAGCAUUUUCUAAAAAACCAGUUGGGCCCCUGGGUUCUUAUAUAAAACUUGGCAAUGAGCAGUGGGGACACGUAGCGGAGUUUGUCAUAGGAAAUAGGAUCAAAAGCUUUUGUGUAGAUAAUUACAAUGAUAAAAAAGUCUUAACAACGAUUAUUAAAAAAAUGAAGUUUGGCAGAGAACCUGAACCAACUAUAAUAGUGUCAAGGUUUAGGGAUAAGGUACAUGAUGUGCGAAGGUUUGAGGUGCAGUCGAACAUGUAUCCUUCUCUAUGGUCAGUUCUCAUCCCCAGUAAUAUUGUAGUUGCAAAUACAUUGCUUGAUCAGAUGCAAGUUGAGUCCAUCUUACUGAUCCCUACUGUACAGGAGGCUGGACUUAUUUUGAAAGAUGUAGCAACAGUUCCUCUGAAUUGUAAGGCAGCCUUCACAUUGAAUCUGGACAACUAUACCCCUGACCCCAACUACCGUGUGUACACGGGAAAAGGCCAAGUACCUACUAAGUAUUUGCAAGUGUCUGUGGAACAAAAAGUGAGGAACACUCAAGCUAAGUUGCAAGAAAUGAGAAAAAACAUGGAAGAGUUUAAUAAGCAAAUGCAGGAGGAACGAGUGAACAUGAGUAACCUAGAAGCUGAAAUAUUGCCAUCGAGAAGAAAGCUGAUGCUUAAUAAGAAAAUGCUGGAUCAGUCACGUUUACAGUUGGCCAACUUGAUGAAUCAAGAGGAGCCUCCCCCACCAGAUGUGUCUCAACUUGAGGAAGAUAUAAAACAACAGGAAGCAGUGUUGAGAGAAGCUCAGAUUAAUUUGGAAAAGAUCAAGGAAGAAGUUGCUAGCAGUCAGAAUUCUUUCAGAGAAUCUUCAAUAGCAUUUGAAAAAUUGAAAGGGGAUGAAAAGUCCUUUUAUGAACAAGCUGAAAAUUUGAAGGAGAAAUUAAACCUGACUGAACAUAAUGUCAACAAAAACCUGCAGGCCAGUGAAAUGUACAAAAAGAAGGAAAAAGAAUUAAAUAAAGGCAGAAUUGAGGCACAGAAGAAGCUAAAGAAAGCAAGUGAUGAUGUAGAGAAAGAGUUGCAAAAUACUACUAAUUUUCAACCGCGCAUAAACACCAACAGGAGCGUUGAAGAAGUAGAACGCCAGUACAAUGGUCUUCUAGCUAGACUAAAUAAGGAAAGUGCUAAUUGUGGUGACCCAGUGCAAAUAGCACAAAGAUAUAAAGACACCAAGGAAAGAUAUGCUAAAGUCUCUGCAGAAAUGGAUUCACAUUAUAGUUUAAUAAAGAAAAUAUCGGAGAGCCUUGCAGAAAGACAGGAGCACUUCAAAAAGUUUCGGAAAUUUUUGUCCAUAAUGAUAAAAUCCAAUUUCAAAGCUUCUCUCUGUAUUCGCAACCUCGUUGGGGACUUGAUGUUUGACUUUGAAAACCAGACCCUAUCUUUGAAUGUUUUCAAAAAGGGAAGUGGACAGGAUGUAGAUUCAGUCAGAAGUGCAAACUCUGGAAAUCGGGAUAAAAAGCGGAUGCCACAGCAGACAUUAGCAAUGAUGUCAGGAGGAGAACGCUCUUUUUCAACUGUGUCCUUCAUCAUUGCUCUCUGGGAUGUCAUUGAAUCCCCUAUAAGGAUUUUGGAUGAGUUUGAUGUUUUUAUGGAUAUAGUGUCCAGGAAGCAAAGUAUGACUAUGAUGAUCAAAGCAGCCAAGUGCAAGACUCAGUAUAUCUUCUUGACUCCACUUGACAUAGACACUAUUGCUCACCCAAAUAUUUAUAUAUUCAGAAUGCCUGACCCCGAAAGAAACGAUUCAGAAAGACGAGGAAUUGAAACGUGAGAAGCCCCAUUUUGCAUGAUCAAAUCUUCCAUAAUUCUUUGUGUGCAGAUGUGUGUUGGUGUAUGGGUUAAAACAAGGGUAUAUAUGAGGGUGUUGUGGACAGUGGUACUGUGUGUCCAGUAUACAUCCAAGCCAUUGCUCACCUUAUUAAAAAUUGGUAUAGUUGUAUAAGGAUGAAUUUUUUUUUUUUCCAACCUCAGUCAUCAAGGUUUGAAAGAUUCUAGUUAACUAAAUGAAAGAAGUUAUAGCCGAGGACUAUAAAGCCUGGAAAUAAUUGAUAUUAGUCAAACUUGAUAUUUGUCGAUAAUUGUUUUUAUUUUCUGUAUUCUAAAAGGAUACUGUAAUAGAGAAACAAUAGUUACUCUAUUUUAAAUUAACAAAUGUGUUGUAUCUGUGAAAUACAAAAGGGUUAAUACGUUCUGAAAUUAAUUCAAUGUUAAAUUAUUUGUUGUGCUUCAGAUGAGUAGAAGCCAGUUAUGGCCACUUGAAAUAAUGAGCACCAAUCACUUUUGACCUCAAAGUGACUGGUGCCAUCUCAUCUUAUUCAUAGGCUGAACUAUAAAUAGGAAUGAAAUUCCUGCUACUAAACUAAAUGCAAGAAUCAUUUGAGAUGCUGGAGUCAGUCAUUGGAUCAUUUGCUCUGAAAUACCCUAUAAGCAUGUAUGAAUGCUAUGAAAGUUUUAUAAUGCAGAUGAAUUUUGGCGAAUUCAAAAUAAUAUUAAGGAUUUUGUACUUCUUAUACUUUUGUAUUACAUUUAACUACAGAAUACAAGCUUGUCGUGAUGUUUGUUGCAUUGUGUUUAUAUGGCCAAAUCAUUAACACAACAGAAACACUGAAGAGUGGGUGUACAAGGUCUGUGUAUCUGUUGUUGAGCCAUUAGAUGAGGUGUGGAGAGCCUGCCUCAUCAUUGGGCUAAUUAGCUGCAAGAUGUCAAUGCAAGCCAUUUUGACCCUUAUUUUCUUUUCUUUUGUGUUCAUUCCAUGUAUACAUUCCCUUUAUUGUUUCAUAAUUUGAUAAGUGAAAUAUAAAGUAUUAUCCACAAGCA